AUGAUUUCAAGAGCCCCCAUUAAAAUCCCAACGUAUGUUAUCCUGCGAAAUCUACUUCGUAAGAAAGUCAUAAAACGUUGUUACUCAGUCCCCGUGCUUAGGGAUUAUCAGCAAGAUGCUAUAGAUGCAUGCGUGAAUUCUAUCCAGCAAGGAACCAAAAGAAUAGGGGUCUCACUAGCCACUGGGGGUGGUAAGACAGUCAUAUUUUCAAACCUUAUCAGCCAAUUACGGCAAAAGAAUUCCAGGGGCAAUGAAAGAAAUUUUAGAUCUUUGAUUCUCGUUCACAGAAGAGAAUUGGCCUUACAAGCAACGAAUACUCUCAAAAGGAUAUUCCCUGACUUAAAAGUCCAUAUAGAAAUGGGGAAAUAUGAUUGUGAUGUAGAGGAUUCUGACGUUGUUGUGGCGUCUGUCCAAACUUUGAUUAGAAGACUUGACAAAUACGAUACUGAUUCGAUAAAUCUCAUUAUUAUCGAUGAAGCUCACCAUUCUGUAGCAAAUUCCUAUAGGAGUAUUUUGGAACAUUUCAAUGCUUCAACUGCAGAUACGAAAAUUCCUGUCAUUGGAUUUAGUGCAACUUUUGAAAGAGCAGAUAAGAGAGCUUUGUCAAUGGUAAUGGAUGAAAUUGUAUACCAUAGAGGAAUCAUAGAAAUGAUCGAUGAUAAGUGGUUAUGCGAGGCAAAAUUUACAUCAGUGAAAGUUGAGGCAGAUUUAUCUACUGUUAAAAGCACUACGGAUGAUUUUCAACUGGCACCAUUAUCGUCCAUAAUGAAUACAAAGGAAAUCAAUGAAGUUAUCAUGAAAACUUAUUUACACAAAAAACAAGAAAAGUCUUUAAAAUCCACAUUACUGUUUGGAGUUGAUAAAUCUCAUGUACGAACGCUACAUAAACUAUUCAAAGAUAAUGGUAUUAGCACGGACUAUGUCACAUCGGAUACAAAGCAAGUGGAAAGAGAUAAUAUGAUUCAGAAAUUUAAAAAUGGGAAAACUGAAGUACUGAUGAAUUGUGGUAUUUUCACUGAGGGAACGGAUAUGCCAAACAUUGAUUGUAUAUUACUAUGUAGACCUACAAAAUCACGUUCACUUUUGAUUCAGAUGAUAGGAAGAGGUUUACGAUUACACUAUUCAAAAGAUCAUUGUCAUAUCAUUGACUUCAUCGGAGCCUCUAAUGUCGGGGUGGUUUCUGCACCUACGCUAUUAGGAAUAAAGGGUGAUGAGAUCGAAUUCGAUGAUGCAACGAUGGAAGAUCUAAAGGCUAUUCAAGGCGAGAUCAUAUCUAAACAACAGAAAAUCGACGAAAAGUUAAGGGCUCUAUUUCAGAGUAACGAAACAACAAUGGAAGCUAUAUCUGGAAAAAAUGAAACCAAAAAUUGGAUACAAAAUGCAAACUCACUGGACUUGACGCUGUGUUCAUUUGAUAGUUUCAGAAACUUCACGGAGAACAAUAAUUCACUCCCAGCCGGUAAAGAGCUAUACGAGUCUUCUGAAGCAAUUAAAGAAAUGGAACUUUUAAUGAACUCACAAUAUCCAUGGGUGAAGUUUGCUUCCAAUGCAUGGGGCCUCUCCUUACAAGGCAAAAAUCAUUUGAGAAUAUAUAAGGAAAAAUCCGAAGACAAAUCAUCAGCACUGUAUCAUUUGAAAAUGUACCGGCAAUUGCCAUCUUUCAUAACCAAUAAAUACGCCGAGUAUGUCCCUAAAACAAUAAUAAAGGAUUCCAGUCUUUGGAAUGUGAUGUCAAGCGUAGAAAAGAUUAUAAACACUUUAAACUCAAACUCGGAAGGGCAAGUCAUGAAGUAUCAAGCAAUAUCCAGCAAAUUUACGAAAUGGAGAUCUGCAGCUCCCACGCCGAAGCAAAGGAAUUUUGUUAACAGGAAAUUGCAAAAAGUGCAUGGGGAAUCUUCAAAAGACUUCACCAACUUAUCUUCGGAUGAUAUUAACACAUACACAGAUACUAAAAUGACGAAGGGAGAUGCCUCGAAUUUGAUAUUUGCAAGCAGCUUAGCACCUGUCUACCCGUUGAAGUCACUAUUACGAAUCCUACAAUAUCAAAAAAGAAAAUCAACAUAA